AUGGGCAGUCUCGGCAGCAGAUUUCAAGCCUCCUCUCAUAGCCCGGAGGAGGUUGUGGAAGGCGCUUGCACCAGUCACAAACGUGGAUGUGAGUGUAGCAAGAGGAAACGCAAUGCCUACUGUGACUGUGACAGUGAACAAGAGGAGGACAGCACCAUACUAGACGUGCCCCGCAGGAAGAAAUUGAAAACCACAUCAAGAUAUAUCUAUCAGACCUUGUUCCUGAAUGGAGAAAAUAGUGACAUUCGCAUCUGUGCCCUGGGAGAGGAGUGGAAUCUCCAUAAAGUGUACUUGUGCCAGUCAGGAUAUUUUUCCAGCAUGUUCAGUGGCUCUUGGAAGGAGUCUAACAUGAUGGUAAUUAAUUUGGAGAUCCCAGACCAGAACAUUGACACAGAAGCUCUCCAGGUGGUAUUUGGAUCCCUCUACCGGGACGAUGUUUUGAUCAAGCCCAGUCGGGUCGUCAGUAUCCUCGCCGCUGCUUGUAUGCUCCAGCUGGAUGGCUUGAUCCAGCAGUGCGGAGAAACCAUGAAGGAAAACAUAAGUGUGAAGACAGUUUGUAGUUACUAUUCUUGUGCCAGUAUCUACGGCUUGGCAUCAGUCAUGAAAAAGUGUCUUGAGUGGCUUCUCAACAACAUUAUGACCCACCAGAAUGUGGAUCUCAUGAAAGAACUUGGGGUAGAACUGAUGGAGCAGCUCAUCCGCUCAUCUGAUCUGUUUGUCAUGCAAGUGGAGAUGGAUGUGUACACAACUCUGAAAAAGUGGAUGUUUCUGCAACUCAAUCCAUCAUGGGACGGUCCCAUCAAGCAGCUUCUGGCUGAUGCUGAUGCCUGGCUUUGCAAACGCAGGGCAGACCUCUGUGAGAAAGAGCCCUUCUUGAAUACAGGAGAAGGUGCACCAUUUCUUUCCGUUUUCAAAUAUGUCCGCCUGCAGUAUAUCAUUAAUGACCUUGCAUCUGCACGCAUCUUGGAGAGAGACAAUAUUUUGCCUCCAGACUGGCUGGCAUCAGUGUACAAAAACCAGUGGUUUGCCAUGCUCCGGACAGAAUUCGACAAUGAUAAUGGUCCCCAGGAAGCCAACAAAGAGGAGUUUGAAUUGAGCAGUAUGAGAUGCGGCAGGAAACUCACCAAAGAUGGCGAUUACUGCUGGCGGUGGACAGGCUUUAAUUUUGGUUUUGACCUGCUGGUGACCUACACAAAUCGCUUCAUAGUCUUCAAAAGGAACACGUUGAGUCAGCCAUGUGGGGGCGCUGUGAGUCUACAACCUCGGAGACAUCUGGCAUACAGGUUACGUCUUGCCUCAUUUGAUAGCCAUGGAAAGCUAAUUUGCAGUCGCUCAACAGGUUACCAGCUUUUAACUCUUGAGAAGGACCAGGAGUAUGUUGUGAUGAACCUGGACAGCCGUUUGUUGGCUUUCCCCCUGUAUGUGUGCUGUAAUUUCCUGUAUACGUCGCCCCAGCUGGACCAUCGGCCGGACGCCUCAGAACAAGAGAGCUGUGCCCGCAGCGUGUCUUGAUGGCCUGUCCGACAACAAACUGUGAUCAUUCCCGGGAUAACGCUUCCCUUGUAUGCCCAUCACCAACACAAAUUUGAUCUACAAUCCAGCUGGCCUCCGGCACAUCAAAUGCCAUUUUGGCAUUGGACAUCUGCAUGCUCGGUUUAGUGUUUAGGGAAAACGUUUUGUAUCUAAAUAUUUACUAUUUUGGCACAUUCUACAUUAGCUAUACAUGGGUUAUUACUAAAAAAAAAAAAAAAGAGAGAGAGAGAGAGGUAAACCUCACAAUACAUGAGUAUCUAUUACCUAUUAAGAAAUAGGGCCACCCAUUGCCUUCAGAAGUGCUUCAGUCUUUCUUGGAUUGCUGUCAUGAAAGACCUGAAUUGUUUGUACUGGAAUAUUGGACCAUUCAAGAAGGAAAAGCUCUGGUUCUUUGAGGAAGGAAGAGGGUGGAAAUCCACUCUAAACUCCACUCCAGACCCUCCCAUUAACAUUCAGUGAUGUGGGGAUUGGGCGACUGUGAAGACCAUGGAGGAUCUUUGACCUCAUCCAGGUGUCUAUCAGACUACUCAAACUACUGUGUUUAGCAGUGUGUAUUGGAGCAUUAUCAUCUUUGAAGAUGGAAUUGUAUUUGGGAACAGCAUAUGCCCCUUGGGGGAACCUCUUGUCUCGUAAAAUGAUCUCAUAUUCCUUGAUUGUUAUAUAACCAUGCAGCGUAAUCACUGGACCUGGUGAGUCUCCCAGGGUUGACUGUCUUACCAUUACAUGUCCACUGUGUUCCCUCAAGACAUCAUGUUGAAGGUAUUCUUUGGGUUUCCCCAAACGUAAACCAGUCCAGAUGGAGGAAAAGAGGUAAGAGGUGACUGAUCAGACCAUCUUACCUUGUGGGCUGUUCUGUAGUCAGUCUCAUGGAGCAGGGUCAGUAGGUAAGCAAGCUAACUUGGCAGUGGCGUGACAUUUAGGCGGCACACCUAACCUGCUCCAGGCUAACACACUGAUCUUUCUCUGUGAGAUCAGCCACAGGAGUCCCUGCGUGAUGUCCCUGGAUAUAAUUGGUCUCCAAAUGGAAGCCCUGUCAUAAAUGCAAGCUUUGUAAUGCUCCUGAUGCACUGUUUUUGUUGACUGUCACAGAGAUGUUAGUUCAAGUCGGUGUUUGAGCUAUAGUUUGUGGUAUUUCACAACUGUACUGUCAAAUGUCCAUGUAUCACUGUCGCUGAACUUGGACAGGCAACCUCUGCUCCCCUUUUGACACAUCAUAUGUGUUGUCAGGAGUUUUGACACUGCUCCUCAUGCCACAUGAAUUACUUUUGCAGUUUUAAGGACUGAUGGUUACCUCAUGUUGUUUUUAAAAACUCAAAAGUGAUUGUCAGAAUUCUUUCAGGUUCAUGCUCUGCUACUAACUUGCAUUGUACUUAAUGACUCGCCUGUAUAUGCCAUUGUAUUUGUGAUUAACUUCAACGUUCAAGUUGUUUUUCAUUUGUUGUUUCUAUUAUUUAUUUUUACUUCAUUUGUAUGAAUUUAUUUUUCAAAAAAUGUAUAAAAUGUUUGACUGCCAAUAAAACUGCCCACCCCAGUGGGCUGUGGUGCUAUCGGA